AUGGCCACCGUCCACCAGAUCCGGCGCGCUCAGCGUGCGGACGGCCCGGCGGCCGUCCUCGCCAUUGGCACGGCGAAUCCGGAGACCACCAUGCUGCAGGGCGAUUACGCCGACUACUACUUCCGCGUUACCAAGAGCGAGCACCACGCCGACCUCAAGGACAAACUCAAGAGAAUUUGUAAAAAAUCAGGGAUCGAGAAGCGCUACUUGCACCUCGACGAGGAGCUCCUCGCCGCGCACCCGGACUUCAGCGACCGCACGUUGGCGACCCUCGACGCGCGCAUAGAAAUUGCCUCCGCCGCGGUACCCGCGCUCGCCGCGUCCGCCGCGGCGAAGGCCAUCGCCGAGUGGGGGCACCCGGCGUCCGACAUAACCCACCUCGUCUUCAGCACCUACUCCGGUGGCAAGGCACCAAGCGCCGACCUCCGCCUGGCGUCGCUCCUCGGCCUCCGCCCUACCGUGUCCCGCACCAUACUCAGCCUCAACGGCUGCUCCGGCGGCGGCAGGGCGCUGCAGCUCGCCAAGGAGCUCGCCGAGAACAACCGCGGCGCGCGCGACCGCCUGGACACCAUCCUCGGCCAGGGAAUUUUCGGCGACGGCGCGAGCGCGGCCAUCGUCGGUGCCGACCCCGUCGUGGUCGGCACCGUCGAGCGCCCGCUGUUCGAGAUGGUGUUCGCCACGCAGACGACGAUACCGAAGACCGAGGGCGACAUCAGCAUGCAGCUCAUGAAAGGCGGCCUCGACUUCCACCUCUCCACCCGAGUGCCGAAGUUACUGAAAAACAACAUCGAGCGCUGUCUGAUCGACACCUUCGAGCUUCUUGGUGUCGAUGCUACGUGGAAUGAACUGUUCUGGGCGAUCCAUCCUGGGGGACGUGUGAUCUUGGAUAACGUCGAGGAACUGCUCGCGCUGGACGACGGGAAGCUGGCGGCGAGCCGACGAGUGCUGAGUGAGUUUGGUAACAUGAGUGGCGCGACGGUGAUCUUCGUGCUCGAUGAGCUGCGCCGGCGCAUGGCGAGGGGAGAGGAGGCGGCCGAAUGGGGGGUGAUGAUGGCGUUCGGCCCGGGGAUCACGAUCGAGACGAUGGUGCUGCACGCCACAUGCAACCUCCAGGAAAACUAG